AUGGGUUUUCUGAACUUUCCCCAAUUACGUUACCAUGGACCCUGGGUUCAGAUGCUGAUUGCAGGUAUAGGUGUUGGUUCAUCUGCAGGCAUCUAUGUCGCCCUCAAUCUACUGGGUGCCGGUGGUGGAAGGCCGGACUCAGCACAGGUCGUUCAAGUCGUCAAUGCGACUUUAUGUGCAGUAUGGUUUCUCUCAUCCUCUUUCGGUGGCUCCAUCUUGAACAAACUGGGUCCUGGUGUCACCAUGUGCAUCGGAGUUCAAACAUACGCUGUAUAUGUCGGAUCCCUCUGGUACUACGAUGAGACUGGCAAAAAAGGUUAUCCAUACGCUGCAGGUCCCAUUAUCGGAAUCGGCGCAGGCAUGGUCUUCAUCACCGCUGGUUAUGUCGCAACAGCAUACCCAGAAGAAAGAGAAAAGGGCUCCUAUGCAACGAUAUUGAUGAACAUGCAAGCGCUUGGCUCCGUCAUUAGCGGUAUCAUACCCGUCAUCAUCAACAGAGAUUCCGAUACUGUCGCGGGCGUCCCUCGUUCAGUUUACAUCUCCUUCAUCGCCAUCAUGGUCGUCGGUGGUUUGCUGUGCCUUUUCCUGCUACGACCACACAAGCUCAAAAGAGAUGAUGGCUCAGUAGUAGCUGUUGAUCGGCCAAGAGGAGCUUGGGAGGAGCUCAGAUCGAAUCUUUUGGUAUUCAAAGACCCCAUGUUGCUCAUGAUGCUACCCGCUUUCUUGCCUUCUGAGGGGUUCCUGGUAUACAGCGGAUCAGUUAAUGCUUUUAACAACAACCUCCGCACGCGCUCACUAUUAUCCUUCAUCGCUGUGGUUUUGCAGAUACCUGCGGGCUGGGCUUUGCAAUACGUUCUUGACUACCCAGGCUGGGGACGCCGAAAGCGUGGAUUGGUUGGUUUGACUGGAGUCUGUGUGCCUCUGGUUAUCGCCUGGGUCUGGGAGAUGAUUCGCACCCGCAACUACGACCGUAACAGCCCACCCACUCACCCUACGGAUUGGACAGAUCCAAAAUUCGGUUGGAUCUUCUUCCUGUUCAUGCUGAACUGGGUCUUCUCGCAGCUAUGGCACAACAUAGUAUACUACUGGAUUGGAUCCCUCACAAACUCGCCACAUAAACUCACCCACUACGUUGGCGUUUUCCGUGGAGUCCUCGGCGCAGGCGAAGCAAUCUGCUUCGGCCUAGACAGCAUCAAGAUUCCCUUCAUUGCCGAAGCAGGUGGUAUCCUCUUAUUCUACGUCAUGGGCAUUGCAAGCUUCUACUACCUUGGAAUCUAUCACAUAAAGGACACGAACUACGACAAGACAGAAGAAGGGGCAGUUAUUCCGAAUCAUGUCCUACAGGAAGAAGGGUGGACACCGGCACUGGAAGCCGGCUCCAGUGCAGCUUCAAACAAGCAGGGCGGAGAAGUCACGGAGGUUGAGAAGGGGGGCUCAUUGGAUCGUGGAGAAAAAGCCUAAGGGAUAUGCACACCCUCCCAAUGACUCGAAGCACACAUAUAGCUCAACGGUAUAAAAUUUGUAAAUGACAUAGCUUUAGCAAGCAUCCAAGUUCUCAU